CCUAAUCGGAACAUUAUUUUCAAACGCAGAACAUAUCAUUCAUGUCAUAUCCAUCACCUGGAAUACCGGGCGGCAAUUAAUCAACGAAUACAUGGUUUGCGGUCUAAAUAUCAGCCGCUGUCACAUUGACAGCGGUAGGAUAUCCGGAAGACUUGAGGCAGGUUUGCACGAGCCAUUGCGGUGUUGACGUAAGAGCUAAAGCCUUUUCAACUGAUGUCUAAGGACCCUCCUCCAAGGUGACAUACAUCCAAUCACAGACUAGCAUGGGAGAAGAUGGACAUUCCAGCUGCCAAUCAGAGCUACGGACAUGGCGGGCAGCCCGGGGUGUGUCAUAAUGGCUGGUCAGCAACCACACCCCCGACCGGUCUUGGAUGUACCGCUGCCCAAGGACUCUCCAGUGACCCUCUACCCAGCUUACAGGGUCUGAACCUGGGCCCAGCCUCACACCAGAACCCCUCUAAUAACAUCCCUCAGUCCAUGGUUCAGUUACAGUACUCACACCAGGGCUGUGUCAGCAGUCUUCCUACGCCCCCAUUUAGGAACCAAUCACCUUCAGCUCUUAUACCAUGUCUGAAUCAAGAGCCUCACAUACCACAUGUACACAUGGGUCCUUAUAUUUCCUACAACAUCCCUCCACCAUCAACACUCCUCCCUCUGAAACAAGGACCGCCAGCUAGCGGGCCUCCAUCCACGAUACCGUCUUCAAACCAGGGUCCUCAGAAUACUGUCUCUCCUCCAGUCUCUUCCUCUCCUCCAUAUCCUCCAUAUCUGUAUGCAAACCAAGGCUUUGUGAAUGGCCCUGCAGUGACGUUGACAAGUCCAAACCAAGGCUUUGUGAAUGGCCCCCCGGUGACGUUGACAAGUCCAAACCAAGGCUUUGUGAAUGGCCCUCCGGUGACAUUGACAAGUCCAAACCAAGGCUUUGUGAAUGGCCCUCCGGUGACAUUGACAAGUCCAAACCAAGGCUUUGUGAAUGGCCCUCCGGUGACAUUGACAAGUCCAAACCAAGGCUUUGUGAAUGGCCCUCCGGUGAUGUUGACAAGACCAAACCAAGGACCUCCCAACAGCAGUUUUUCAUCCAUGUCACCAUGUGGGAGCCAGGGCCAACAGUGUUCACACCCGUAUCCUCCACAACUCACCUCACCAGUCCAGCAGCAACCUCAAUGGGCCCUGCCUCAGCAACACUAUAGUCACAGUGGUGUAAUGUACAAGCCUGGUGCCAUCUCGCAUCAGGAGGGUACAACCAUGCAACCUGUACAGGAGGGUACCAUCAUGCAACCUAUACAGGAGGGUACCACCAUGCAACCGUCCUGUCCGUCUCUGGGGGACAGUGGGGUGUCCGGUCCCAGCUCACCUAUCUCAGAGUCACGCUAUGGCCUACACCCUCAGCUUCUACCCAGCGCUGUGCGUGUGAUGGAGGAGGACAGGACAGCGUGGGAGGGGAAGGUGUUUGUGUCUGAACCCAUCUCCUCUCUACCUCCGCUGGCUACCACAGACUGUGUCGUGGAGGACAGAGGUAACUGCAGUCCUCGGUUCAUCCUUUCUACUUCCUACUGCGUUCCGUGUGAGGGCCAGACAGCCCUCCAGAGCCACCUACCCCUGGGGGCCCUAGUCACCCCUCUGGCUAAGCUACACACAGGAGAGCGCCCCCUGUCUGUGUGUAUGGAGGCAGACACUGUAAAGGGCUGUGGGGAGUGUGGGGCUUACAUGUGUUCAGCUAUGGGAUGGCAGGACUGUGGACAGAGAUUCUACUGCCCAUUCUGUGGGAAACUCCGUGAAGUUGGAUGGCAGCAUUACCAGCCAACACAGGGAGUAGAGGGGAACAGAGUGGACCGAGAGCAGAGACCAGAGCUCAGUCUGGGCUCCUAUGAGAUACUGGACAGUCAACAAGAUGUGCCUGAUGCUGUGUUGCUCCUGGCUGUGGAUGUGUCUGCUGCAGCUCUGAGAGGAGGACACCUGGAGCUCAUUAGUCAGCAGCUACGUUCUCUACUCACAUCACUAAAUAGGGAGGAAGGUGCAUUCCAGUCAGAUGUUCGUGUGGGGUUGAUGACCUAUGACAGCCGGAUCCACCUCUAUGACCUCAGCCCUGCCCUGUCCCGCCCACACAUGCUGGUCGUCACGGAGACAGAGGACCUGCAGCUUCCUGUGAGGGAGGGGCUUCUGGUUCCACUCAAAGACUGCAUAGACAGUAUCAACAGUGUCCUGCAGCGUAUCCCUCUGUUCAGUGCAGAGUUUGAGGAGGCCAGUGAAGUUCUCCUGGAGCUGCCUGUCAAGGCUGGACUGGCCGUUCUACAGGAGGUGGGUUGUCCUGGCAAGCUGCUGGUCUUCCAAACUGCUCCCUUCACCGAGGGAACACACACACACAACUCCUCUGGCUUCUUCAGCUCCAACAAACCAAAGUCUCUGUUUCAGCCUCCGGACCCUGCUGUCUCAUUGGCUAAGGAGUGUGUCAGUCAGGGCUGUGGCGUGCACCUGUUUGUGUUCUCCCAGCAGGAUGUGGGCGGGGCUUGGCCGGGACAUGUUCCUUACCUGACAGGUGGAGAGCUGCACUGCUACCACGGUCUCCAGGUAGCAGACCAGAGAUUAGGAAUGCAGGAAUGCUUGUGGCUAAACACUUGA